GAGUGAGGACUGAAGACACUGAGAAUGGAUGGGCGAUGAGAAACGGUGCUAGUGAGAGAGGAGGAGUGUGCGAAUGCUGAGAGUCAGCAGCGAGGACGCAGAAAGUCUACAAGCUCACAUCCGCUAAAGAGGGAGAGGGGGCGCGCACGAGACGGCAGACAGCCGGCUACUCUGAAGAGUCAAACACAGAGAGACAGAGAGGAGAGUACGCUGAAGAGGAGAAGGACAGAGAAGACGUCCAGCCUUUCCACUGGUUUUGCCCUCUCCACUCCACUCCCCCUCAGACAUGAUCCCUUGGGUCCUUCUGCUCCUGGGCAUCUCCAGACUUGAGUCACCAGCAGCUCUGCAAGUCUCAGGGGUGGAGGCCAUGUUUUCCCAGCAGCCACAGGAUCUGGUGGUGGUAGCAGGCCAGCCUGUGACAUUACCGUGCACCAUCCCCGGUUACCAUGGCGUUGUCCUGUGGAUCAAGGAUGGCUUGGCUUUGGGAGUGGGCAGAGACCUCUCUGGCUAUCCACGUUACACAGUGAUUGGCGACCACGGCUCGGGGGAGCAUCAUUUGCGCAUUCAGCGUGUUGAGCUGAUGGAUGAUGCAGUGUUUGAAUGCCAGGCCGUCCAGGCUGCCAUGAGGUCCCGUCCUGCUCGGCUCACCGUCCUGGUUCCCCCAGAUGACCCCGUCAUCAGUGGGGCGCCAGUGGUGAGUUUACGAGCUGGUGACCCUCUCAAUCUGACCUGCCACGCUGAUAACGCCAAACCUGCAGCCUCCAUCAUCUGGAUCCGUAACGAAGAGGUCCUUAACGGGGCCAUGUACUCCAAGGUAAGCUCAGAGACAUUGCUCCGAGAUGGCAGGAGAGAGAGCACCGUGAGCACGCUCUACCUUUCGCCUUCCAACAUCGAGACAGGUCAGCAGAUCAUCUGUAAGGCCUCCAACAAGGCGGUACCCAACGGAAAAGAGACCAGCGUCAUGAUUGACAUUCAACAUCUCCCACUUGUCAAUCUCUCUGUGGAGCCUCAGCCUGUUUUGGAGGGCAAUCUUGUGAAGUUCCACUGCUCUGCGAAGGCCAACCCUCCAGUUACACUCUACAGGUGGGCCAAAGGAGGGAGCAUAAUUAAGGACGUCUCUGGAGAUACGUACGAGGUUCUUGUGGACCACUCCUUCUUUACGGAGCCUGUUUCCUGUGAAGUUACCAACUCUCUUGGCAGCACCAACAUCAGCCGAAAUGUUGAUGUCUACUUUGGCCCUCGCAUGGCUGCAGAGCCUCAGUCCUUGCAGGUUGAUCUGGGAUCUGAUGCUGUUUUCAAUUGUGCCUGGACGGGAAAUCCAUCUCUCACCAUAGUGUGGAUGAAAAGAGGUUCUGGAGUGGUUCUUAGCAAUGAGAAUCUGCUGACACUGAAAUCGGUGAGACAAGAGGAUGCAGGGAAAUAUGUCUGUCGUGCUGUGGUCCCUCGUGUCGGAGCAGGAGAGAAAGAGGUUUCUCUUACCGUCAAUGGACCACCAACUAUAUCCAGCACUCAGACUCAGCAAGCUUUACAUGGUGAAAAAGGACAAAUCAAAUGUUUCAUUCGUAGCACACCUCCGCCAGACCGUAUCGCUUGGUCUUGGAAGGAAACCGUUCUGGAGUCCGGAACCUCUGGACGCUACACCGUUGAGACCGUCAACACAGACGAAGGAGUCAUCUCCACGCUGACCAUGAGCAACAUUGUCCCGGCAGACUUCCAGACGAUCUACAACUGCACCGCCUGGAACAGCUUCGGCUCCGACACUGAGAUCAUUCGCCUUAAGGAACAAGGUGGGAGCCAAGAAUCUCUCCCCGUGGCUGUGAUCAUCGGCAUUGCUGUAGGAGCUUUUGUGGCCUUCAUUGUCCUAAUGGGCACCAUCGGCGCGUUCUGCUGCACCCGCUCCCAGAGAAAGGAAGUGCACCUGGUUAUGCCCUCACUGCCCGUCUCCAUCUGUGCUCACCAGAGAGAACUUGCAAGCAAAAUUAAGACAGAAAAUCUGAAAGGAGUCGUGUCGGCAAAAAACGAUAUCCGGGUGGAGAUCGUGCACAAGGACCACAACGCGGCACGAGAAAACGAAGAACACAACUCCAUGAAACAACUGAUGGUGAGUGUUGAACGAGGAGAGUUCCAGCAGGAAUCUGCUCUGAAGCAGCUGGAGGUUUUGCAGGAGGAGGAGAAGGAGUAUCAGCACAUUAAGGACCCUACAAAUGGCUAUUACAGCGUUAACACCUUCAAAGAGCACCACACACCCACGGCAGGGAACCAGACCACUGAGGUGCGGAAUCCCACCAACACAGGUACCCUCGGCAAGCAGCGGGUACCAACAGGCAUGUCUUUUACCAACAUCUAUUCCACCCUGGGAGCAGGUCCCAACCGACUGUACGACUACGGCCAACGCUUCGUGCUGGGCAUGGGCAGCAGUUCCAUCGAGCUCUGUGAGCGGGAGUUCCAGCGUGGCUCGAUAAGCGACUCCAGUUCGUUCAUCGACACGCAGUGUGACAGCAGCAUCAGCAGCUACAGUAAGCCGGACGGCUACGUGCAGUUUGACAAAGACAGCAAGGCAUCAGCCUCUUCCUCAUCCCACUAUUCCCAAUCAUCCUCGCAGAACUCAGACCUCACCCGGCCCCUCCAGAAGCGUAUGCAGACCCAUGUCUGAUGUCUAGGGAGGGAGGGAGUUUGGAAGGGGAGUGACGAGCAACCAGGAUUGUAAAACUUUUUAAGGAAUCAGCCAACAGGAAGCCCUGGAGUAUCCGUGUUACAAAGUAUGGAUGCCUUAAGAGGCUGGGACUACUGAGCUUGAUGCACCAUGUAACUUGCUUAAACUUCUCAAUGUCCCAAAAAAAAAAAGAAUCAAAAAGCCUUAUAUUUCCUUCAUGCGUGCUUCAUCAACUCCCUCUUUUUUUCUACCCAUCAUACGAACGUGCCACAGAGAGCUUAUUUGCCAACAAGGACACUACACAAGUUUGAAAUUUGAACUUUAAUCACUUGGUUUCCACAAUCAAAUUGUUCCUGGAUCAGAUGGCAGGAACACGAGGCUUUGAAUGACAAUCAUCUCCCCUGGCACGGACCAAGUUUGCUUCUUGAAGAUUGUCAUUCAGGGGGAAAAAAGCAAGACUGGGGUGAAGCACUCAGCACAAACUGUCUGAUAAUGAGUGCAAGCCGGUGUCCUGCUGCUCCCCUUGUAGUCUCGAAGCACAACGAAUGUGCAUGUGAUUAUCUCGUUGUUAAAAGCGAUAACUUUCCAACACCCCCACCUCCCUCUUCAAGCACUGUGUGUUAAGCUCAGCUUGUUGAAACCUAGUCUCCUGUGUAGGUGGAAGAAAACUCAAACAUCGAAAAGAACGGCUGUUUUUCUGUUUGUCCUUUUUCCCGUCUCUCCCUCUUCAUUGCUUUAUCGGAGCCACAGCACCGAGCAGAUAAAGAGGAGCUGAGAUCUCAUUUUAAAUCCCAGACUCAUUGUUUUGCUUUGACACUCCACGAUAAAGGAAUAUCAGUGUACAUAUAUGACUGUGAUUUCUUUUCUAGCGUCUAAUUUUUGGACUCUGAUUUUCCACAUGGAUUACUCUAAAUUAUACACGAGCGCCUCUUCAUGUCCAUAUCUACUUUGCCUUGAGGUUCUCUCUGAACUGGGUCAAUACAAACUUUAACUGAGAUAGACAAACAGCUCUUCUGCUGAUGUGAGGAGCAUCAUCCACCGUGGUGUUACCACACCAAACCCAGCUCCGAGGCAUGAGCAGCAAGAAAGCCCCGCAAAUUCUGACUCCUACACAGAUGAUCAAUAACAAUUAAUACCUAUUGAAUAAAACAUCAUCUUUUCUGAUCAUCAUGUGAAUAUCUCAUUGCUAUUGUCAGUAUCACUGUUGACACUGGAACUUAGUGCAUCCUGACUGUAAUUGUGAUCAUAAUCAUCAUCAAACAGGACAAAAUUGGGAAAGUGAUUUAUUUUACUCUUUUUUUUUUCUUCUUGUAAUUUCUGGCUCCCAUGAAGCCGAUAGCAGAAAGCUAAUACUUUUCAGAAUUCUUACUUUAUCCUCCUGUAUGUGACACAUAUGAAACUUGAUUUAGCGUUUCACGGCUUACACUGGGUUUAUUUUAGUAGAAGGCAGAGAAUUAAAGUAGUGAAAUUGCUUGCAGACAUGCAAUCAAACACCCUACUUAAAUGAAAAUGUGAAGUCAGGUUGUUGACUCAAUCAUCACCUUUCUCCUGUGAAUGCUUUGUGACAGAAAGCGAGGUGAUGACCUGAGAGCUCUGCGGCACCAAAUGCUUUGAAUUCAGAUUCAUGUAGAACAGACAGUCUAAAGCUGGUGUGCAGAAUCAAACGCUGCACUAUAAGAAUUAUUCUUGGCAAUAAAUAAUAUAAUGUUUGAAAAUCUGAUUAGUUGCCCCUGCAGAAUUCCCCAGGUAACCAGUUUGGUCCCCCCACUCCUCAACCAGGAUUUGUCAAAGGUCUUCUAAGGUGAUAGUUGUCAGGAACUGGUCAUACAUCUGUGGCUGGCUCACAGCAGCACUCAAAGCUCAAACACAAGAGUGAAGACUAACAUUGCAAGAUAUUUUAGCACAUUUUUCUAGGAGUGCUAGUUACAUUCGGUUAGCUGUGUUGGUCAUAUCCUGGACGCAUGAUCCUUCAAGUUGCACCUCUCACAAAGGUGACUAAUCAGGCUUUUCAAUGAUAAGAUUUACUGCUAAGAAGCAAUCAAAUGCAUAAUUAUUUCCUUUUUCUGUUAGGUUUAAAUACUUGUUUUUGUUUUUAUCCAACACAGUCAUAAAAAAUGAUAAGUGCUGUGUUCGCGCAGACUUUGAAAGUGGAAACACUUACAUCAUAUCGUGUUCAGGCUUUUAAAAGUGUCGUGUGUCUGUGGACCUUUACAGAAACAGACCAGUUUGGAUUUUCUGGGUUGUAAAAAUGAAAGAAAAGGUUCCUGGUCCAAGAAAUUCUUCUCCACGUGUCGGUUUCACUUUGAUCUGCUAAAUUAAACCAACAAAUGUACUACUGAGGAUAAACGGUUACAAACAUCUCAUUUAAGUAGGUUUUUUUUUCAGCUCAUAGUGCAGCAGCCCAUGCACCCGGAUGAUCCUGUGGGAAUCUGAAACUAUGAAAACUGCCCUUACAGUUCAACAAACACCAAGCACAGAUUUUGAAGGAAAGCAAGUUGUUGUAAGCACUUUACAUACGAUUAUAUUCAAAUCAUUUGAAUAUGGGUUUCCACUUGAGUGGAUGUGUGUUGGACUAAUUUUACAAAUGGAUUGGUGCCCAUUGUACAGCUUAAGACAAAAAGCUCUGUUUCAAUGCUGAUAAUCCAGCUUGGCACUUAGCAGACUGUAUAUAAAUCUCUAAUGCUGUCUUUCUCUGUAUAUAAUUUUUCCUGUUUUUCUUUUCUUUCUCCUUUUCCUUCCCCAUUCACAUUUCACAGCGGUACAUUGGAGCUCAACAAACAUAUGGCAUCAAAACUGCUCGGACAGACAAUUUUCUCUUUGUUGUCUUUCCAAAAAUUUUCAUCAACCUUGCUUGUUUGUGGCAAAUUACAAGGAUGGCUUGCGUGAGCCGUUUUCUCUUCUGCGAGUUCUCAUUUGGGAAACCGACGCCCUGUAAACUAAACACACACACACACACACACACACACACACACAGGAAGAAGACUGCAGAGUGAGCUUAGGUGCGACAACUCUGAAGGAAGAUGCAUUAAGAGGUUAUUACACUGUCGGCCUUCAAUGAGAUGCCUAGCUGCUCAGCAGUAUAUUACAUUUAGGCAACAUGAUGACUGUCAAAUAUGUCCGCCAUAUUUACUAUCAUUUUUUUCUAAAUCAAUGAAUGCAAAGAUUUUAACUUUUUGUUCAUAUAACAUCAUUUGGAUACAUUCGACAACAUUUCACCAGUCAUCUCAAAAUGUUUGUGCGCAUACACACACACAGACUCACAUACUUAUAUAUAUAUAUAGAUAUUAUGCAGAGGUAGAGACUCUGGAAACAUUAAUGAGGUUGAAUUUAAAUUUGAAUCGUGUUUUUAAUGACUCAAUACAUUAUAAGGGACUUAAAACUCGACUUGGACACAUGACUUGAGCUUUUUCCUUUGAAAAUAUUUAGUCUUUUCCAAAAUAUGUCUCAAGCUAUGUCAUUAACCCAGUCAAUAGCCACUUUAUUAGGUACACCAGGUAUGUCCACUACACCAGGUAUGUCCAAAGUUUGGUCCAAAAGCCAUUUGCGGCCCUUGGAGUGAUUUUGUCCAGCCCUAGAAUGAUGUUGGUGUGCAGUGACACUUUCAAACAUCCUAACAUGCAAGGCCGGAUUAAGCAUAUAGGCAACUGGGCAAUUGCCCAGGGGUUCCACAAACUCUAAAGGGCCAGGCGCAGCACGAGCAAAAUACUGUAUCUGUAAUCUCCCGCUUUAUAUUAAACUAGUGUGACCAUUCAUCCUCUUUUCCUCGGACAUGUCCACUUGUCACACUGUCGGGCAUCCAGGGGGGUUCUUAAAUUGAUGAAAAUGUCCGGUUUUUCAUCCAGGAGCAGGGAUCGAAUUAUGGGGGAGCUGGAUAUCCUACACAUCCAGGGAGAGCCGGAAAAAAGUUUUCUACUUAUUUUACAUAAUUCAUGGACUCUUUUAAGCAGAGAGCACAGAGGGCGGCAGAGCGCUGUUCGUUGGUGCGCUCCAGGCAGCUGCGUCCAGCGCACGGUCCAUUCUCAAAGUGGCACAAUCAAAAAACUAUAAUUAACACACAAUCAUUCAUGUCCGCACAUGUUCUCUACUUUCUGUCUUAUUUGUGCCUGAAGCGCUCUGCCACUGUGGAGCUCAUCACCUGCUGCGGUGAUUUCACCUCACUGACGCAUCGAAACGCGCACUCCGCUUUGCGGUCAGGAGAUCCCUUUGAUCUGCUCAAAAGUAACUGAUGAGGUGAAAAAGUAUGAGUCCAGGCAGCAGAUUUUCUGGAGAGUUUAGAGAAGAUGCAUAAAGAUGAGAGACAGACAGGACAGGAAAAAGUUAAAUAAAAACAAGAAAACAAAACAAAGUGUUGAAAAGUAAAAUGUAGGUAGAUUUAUCUCCACUACACGUUUUUACCUGUAUAAAGCAAUAAUUUAUACACGUGUAAUAUUUAUACAUCUGAUACAAUUCAGAUCACCUUCAACACUCUGUCACACACACAGGGCCGUUUCAAGGAAUUUUUGGGGCCAAGGAAAAACAGAAUCACAAAUCCACAGAAUCGCACAGAUCCCCUGUCCUCUUUUUUGGAAAUGGAAAUAUGAUCACCCUAUAUUAAACAAACUGUCCACCCGGGCUUUUGCGCUGCACAGAGACGCUUCGCUGCCUAUGACUUUGAACGUCAGUUGAGAGUCAGUCUUAUGCAGACUGACCAAUGAAGAGAGGGCCUCAAGUUAAGACCCUCUCCUCAUUGGUCAGUCCACAUGAGGUGGGUCAAAGGUUACCCUGAGCGGGUUACAUGACAUCAGGCAUUCAAAUAUUGAGUAUAUUUACUGAAUAUUACAGUAAAAUAUUCUGUAUGUGACCAUAUUAUGGUGAUCCUUGGGUCGUGAUGAUGGUGGUGCCCUUGAAUAUUGUUGCCCAGGGUACAACAAAGUGUUAAUCUGACCUUGCUAACAUGUAGACUUUUACUAAUAUACUUUUUUUCAAACUAUUUUGAUUUGUACAAAUAAAAAAAUCAUUCAGUUAUUUUGCAUUUUCUGAAAAGAAAGCCCAUUUUUGCUGCCCAAAAGGACUGUCAACUUGAGGAUUUGUGCUUCUCGUCUUCAAAGGUUUGGACACCCCUGAGGUACACCUUAUGAGAACCAACCAUUCCCUCACCUUUAUUUUCAGAACAGUUUCAGUUCUUUAUGUCAUUGAUUCCUCAAGGUGCUGGAAACAUUCCUCGGAGAUUUUUGAUCCAAACUGACCACACAGUUUUGGCACAUCCAUGAUGUGUAUCUGUUGUUCCAGUGCAUCCCAAAGGUUGUUGAACAUGACAGAGUUCCCUGGUUAGCUGACAGGAGGGACACCUGUAGUCCAUCUGCUUUACACUUCCAUGUUUGUGUGUUUAGAGAAGAUAGUCUUUAUCCUUUGGUUGUAAAGAGCCCUUUGCCUGUCUGCCCAACCAGUUGGUAGAGCAUUUCUGAAGUCUCUGCAUCACAUUAAAACAUGAAAUGAAGUUGACAAGAAAAAAAAAAGUAAAACUAGAAAUUUCUAAAGAAUAUGGUGUUCUUUUAGAAAAAGGUAUAACAUUAAUACAUUGAAUUAUUAUUACCUUAAUAUUAUUGCAAUUAGUAUAUUAUUAAUAUAAUUAAUUUACAUUAAACUAAAGCUCUUAUUGACCCACAUAAAAAUAUGUUUUUUCCUGGUGAGGGAGUUAAAGGAGCUACCGUUGCUUUCCCUGGAUCUUGAACCUGUCUGCCCAUUGUCUUCUGACUUCUGCUCACUGAAUGUGUAUCUCAUCAAGACUAUUUCUCAUGGACCCCUACAAUUGGCUGUGGGUGAAAAUCCCUGGGUAUCAAACCAGUCUGCCUGGUAUCAAUAACCAUUUCACAUUUUAGUCACUUAAAUCCACUCUUAUUCUCAUUCUGAUGCUCAGUUUGAGCCUUAGGAGGUCCUUUUCACCAGGUCUUCACACUUAAAUACACUGAACUGUUGGCAAAGGUGUUUAGCUAUUUGUGUUAACAAGCAAUUAAGUCGGUGUACCUAAUAAACCGUCAGUUUUUAAUUGCUACCUGUACUAAUUUCCAGCCAAUUUACACAAAUGAUUUGAUUAAAACGGCGAGUGACACAUGGCAUAAACAAAUUGUGAUGAUGAGAGAGUAUAGCUGCUGACACCGCUGGCAUGCAGCAGCUAGAGUUCCUCCAGUCAUGAAAAAGUCGGUUUUUCAUACAAAAAGUUAAUUAUUAUCUUGUUCAAGUGAUUUUUGAAUUGUUUGAAAUAUCAGUAAUGGCAAUAGAAGACAUGGGGAUUUGUUUUGUUAGUGGAAAUGGGCCUACUCACACAUUUUAAUUAUAUUUGGACCAAAAAUAAAACUACAUGCAGUUGGGUAGUUAGUCAGGUUUUGAAUACAUCAGCACUCCUAUUUUUCCUGAUCAAGUUCAGAUGCACUUGCUGCUUGUUCUGUCUUUUGGCGAGCUUUCAUAAUUUCAUAUUUUCUUGAAAUUAUUUAACAAUGUUAAACAAAAUAAUACACAAGGUAUAAUGACUUGUAUCGGACUGGAUAUUCCCAGGUUUUAGACUCUACAGCAGUGGACAGACUUGAUAUGUACUUGUGACGUGCAAAACAAUAACUUAGCUCCACCUCUACCAAAAUACGAACUCUUACAAAAGUACAAAUCCCAGCCAGACUUGAGCAGAGUGUCCAAAAGUCCUCCCGUUUCUCUACCGGCUGCAUAUUCUGCGCUCAUCCAAACACAAUUCAUGUUCCCAGUCCAAAGAAUCUGCACGCUGCACAACAAACAUAAAUAUUUGAUGAGCCAACCUUCUGUCGCGUUCACCCACCCACUCCCAAUAACAACAAGUUACAGCGGGCAUGAGGGUACUACAGAAUGUGCGUGCCAUGUCAGGACUUGGGAGUGCAAGCCCAUGUGUGGGGACAGAGUGCGUCCUGCUCACCUGUGGACGGCUCGCCUGCUGGUGUCGGCGCGGCUUGUUUGCCUGGCUACAAGGCAAUGCACAGAUGCCAGGGCAUAACAGAUGAUUAAACACCGAGACCCAGAGCAAUUACAAGAGGUCGCUGCUCUCUUCGUGAUAACACAAACCCUUCGCGAGCAGGAUGCUGAGGACAUUUGUGAGGUGAAAGACAAAACCUAUAAGCAGUGCAAGGUGAUCAUUACUAUUUGGGUUGAAAUAUGUUCAUUAUCCAUUAUUGCUUUGUGUACUGUACCACUUCUUUUUUCUUGGUUUGAAUAAACUGGAAAAAACACACAAAGGAACACUAAACAAACCGAGUGUAACGUGUGAAUUAUCAUGCUCUUGGUCUGUGUGUGAGGUGUUAAUGUUCAUGAUGGAACACAUUAGGCGCAGGUGCCAUUUCAAACACUGGAUUGAUCAUAAAAAGGCUUUCUUAACCGUGUAAAUCCUUUCUGUUCCACUCUCACUUUCCUCCCUUCUCCAUCCAAUCAAUACCUUGUUAGUACUGUAAUAACAUACAAGUAUAAGGCCUGGACUAAGAAGCAUUUGCCACUAAUCCUCAGAUUUUGCUUUCAGCCUUCAGGGCACAUUGAUAUUCAGGGUUUGGGGUCUGCAUCCCACCAGAAGUAAGAGCACCACAGAAAAAGCCUCUGAAACUCAAAUGAGAACAGUUCCCUGUGAUUGGUUGAGUUAGGGUUAGGGUUCUGCGUUCCAAAUGACGUAAAAAAGUUUAAAACCCUAAACAACUCCAACAAUGUACGCUCUCAAAUAGUAAUUUCAAGACCUAUAUAAAUAGUAACCAUAAACAUGCAGUACUUGUAACAAGAAGACGGUGUGUAAAUGCUUUUGGGUAAACAACCAUUUUUGGGCAGUGGCCAUCUGUAACUAUGGAAAAAAAAAAGAAAAAAAAAGCGGUUGUAUUUUAACUGUACUGGUCUGUGACUCUAUGAUGCUUUUGCUGUAUAUUUGGAGAAUAAAACUGAUGUUUGAUUUUG